AUGAGGCAAUGCAUGUCAUGCAACCUGGUCCUUCAGAACAGCCAGACGUACCUGGACCAUAUUAAACCUGGCCCGCUGCGACAAUGCUCGACCUGCGAGCUGAUUUUUGAGGUCCAAUGCGAGUUCGAACUCCAUCAGUUAGUGGAGCACCCAAAAAGAAAGGCUAUAGGAAGCGCCGCGAUGACGAAGGAGUCCCCGCUUCCUAAUCCCGCCGUUACGGCUAGAGAGCAGGGCUUCCGAUAUAUACCACUGGAUGAGCACAUGGAGACGCACACUUUGGGAAAUCCGACUGUAGAAACAGCAGAAACCCAGACAAGCCAAUUUCCCACGGACCCAAGACAUAUGGACGAUUUGCUUCUUGGAAACCUAGUGGAUGGUAGUCCCAUUCCAGCUCCUAGCGGAACAGCAAGUAAAGGAAUUCCCAUGGCACUUUCAGGACCGCCGGAGGGGGACUUGCUGGAUCUGAGCCCGCCGAAUGAAGAGAGCGGUACCCUCAGCAAAGCCAUCAGCAAUUUUCAGGACGUCCUAAAAAACCGACCGGCGCUAGAAAGGACGGUUGUCAAGGAUACCCCAAGCCAAACCCAAGAGGUUCAACUGAAGAAGCGAGUGCCUGUUACCUCUCCGGCGACAUCAUCCGGAUCUCCUCAUCCAGCCACAAUCACGCCGGAAUCUUCUGAGUUGAUCAAGACGCCUCUUCAAAUUCGUCCGGUUCCCGAAGCCCAACAGCAACCAAAUGUGCAAACAAGCGGGAUAUUAUGUUUUGAAUGUGGAGCGACCUUCACCAACAUCCUUGCUCUUCAUCAACACCAGAUGGUGAGCAAGCAUAACUAUUGCCACUGGUGCCUCGGGUUUUUCGCCGACCGGAGCGUCUUGCAGAAGCACAAGGAACAAGUCCACAACUUCCGGUGUACUUCGUGCAACGCGGCACAUUUCAACCUAGAAGACCUUAUCACACACCAGCGGUUGAAAGCCCAUUGUUACUGCAAGGCAUGCAACAGUUACUUCCUGGAUUUGAAAAGCCAUCAACAGCACAUGGCUACAUUCCACGAUAACUCUCGCCAUGGCCCAAGUAGAGCGGAGCCUGCCGGUGCCCUAAAGCCCAAAGCUCCACCAGCAAAGGAAUACUCCGGAACAGCUGCGGGCACAUCAGCAGAAAGAGAACCAUAA